UUACUAUCACACAACUCUACCAUAGAGCUAGAGAUUCAAACACAAGAAAGAGAAACAUUUAAGGUGGUGUGAGAAAGAUGAGAACAAGCAACCACUUGAUUGGUGUACUAAACUUCUUAACGUUCCUGCUUUCGAUUCCAAUACUAGGAGGUGGGAUAUGGCUGAGCAGCAGAGCCAACAAUACGGAUUGUCUCAAGUUUCUUCAGUGGCCGUUGAUCAUAAUAGGUGUCAGCAUCAUGGUCGUCUCUUUAGCGGGUUUUGCGGGGGCGUGUUACCGCAACACCUUCCUCAUGCGACUCUACUUGGUGGUCAUGUUUGUCAUCAUAGCGGUGCUUAUUGGCUUCAUAAUAUUCGCCUAUGUGGUAACGGAUAAAGGGUCGGGUCGAAGAGUGAUGAACCGGGCUUACUUGGACUAUUACCUGCAAGACUAUUCGGGUUGGUUGGAGGAGCGCGUGGCGAGUGAGAGUUACUGGGGGAAGAUUAGUUCUUGUAUUCGGGACUCUAAAGUGUGUGCUAGAAUGGGAAGAACCAUUAAUGGGGUGCCUGAAACUUCUGAUAUGUUCUACCUUAGACAACUCACUCCUGUUCAGUCUGGUUGCUGCAAGCCUCCCACAGAUUGUGGCUAUGUAUAUCAGAAUGAGACAGUGUGGAACCUAGGAUCAGGACUAAUGGGAGCCAACCCAGAUUGCACUAAGUGGAGCAAUGACCAACAACUGCUUUGCUAUGCCUGUGAUUCUUGCAAGGCUGGUGUACUGGCUAGUCUCAGAAAGAGUUGGAGGAAGGUCUCAGUUAUCAACAUUGUUGUUAUGAUCAUCCUUGUAAUUGUUUACAUAAUUGCCUAUGCAGCAUAUAGGAACAAUCGUAGGAUGGAUAAUGAUGAACCCUAUGGUGAAGCAAGGAUGACAAAGGCACAACCUAGUGCCUUUCAUCUUUAGUGGCACUAUUUGAAAUACCAAAGUGUUUUAGUAACAUAUCUUAGGAGUUUGUCUUUUGCCCCAUGUAACUAGGUUAUUCUCAUGGUUUUGCAUCAAACACCCGCAACAUGGAUUUGGUUUUAAUAUUGUUAAGGAUGAAUGUAUUUAUCAUAUUUGCUCACAGUGCAACUUU